AUGCUGUACCGGUCGCCUGGACAGCAAUCGGCUAUCGACGUCUUACGAGAAGCUGCUGUUCGCCUCGAAUACCUGCAGCUGUUGGCGGGCGAGUUCCAGCGCUCACCCGACAUACUCCGCAAGGAAGAAGUCGUGGCCAACCUGGCCAACUUCACCACUGACCCCAUCAAGUAUGGCUCGCUAGCUCGUCUGCGCAUCCUGGACCUCUUCCUCGACAUCCUAGACGCCGACCAAGAACAUAAGAUGGUAGAAAUUUCCCUCGGAAGCAUCUGCAACUGCAUCCCAGACCCGACACUGCAGCAGCAAGUCAUAGACGGAGAGGGCAUCGACAUCAUCUCUCCCUACAUCCUCGACUUCGGAGCUCAACGCUCCGUAUUGACCACUGCCUAUUUCCUCUUGGACUCAAGCGCAUUCGCAGAUAUUACUGCUCAGAGGUUUAUGACCAAGAUGCGGGCCCUGCAGCAGCACUCCAUCGUCCAGGUCGCCAACGCGGCCGCUGCAUUCCUCUCACGCAACCAGGAGCUGCAUAACUUACGCUCCAUACAGCUAUGA